AUGGCUGCAAGUCAAGGCCGUGACGCGACUACUAAACUAGUCGAUGUCAAAGACCAAUCCCAUGUCGACAGCGGUGAUGAAUCUGCUGCUUCGUCCAUCGAACAUCCUUUCUCUGAUCCAGAGAUCGCUGAUCGCUGGAGGAAGGUCUACGAAAAGGCUGAGUACGAGAAUCGGCACCGAUUUGAUCCUAGUUUUACUUGGACAGACCAUGAGGAGAAGAAACUUGUUCGAAAGAUCGACUUUCGUAUUUGUUUAUGGGCAUGGGUUAUGUUCCUAUCCCUAGACUUCCAUCGACGUAAUAUCAACCGUGCUAUUUCCGAUAACAUGCUACCAGAAAUAGGCAUGAAUACCAAUGACUUCAACUACGGCCAAACCAUCUUUCUCGUCUGUUUCCUCUCCGCCGAACUCCCUAGCGGUCUAAUCAGCAAGAAACUCGGCGCAGACCGAUGGAUUCCCUUCCUCAUCUGCAGUUGGUCCCUCGUUGCAGGUUCACAAGCGGCACUUCAGAGCAGGAGUGCUUACUUUACCAUCAAGGCUCUCUUGGGUCUUUUGAUGGGUGGCUUUAUUCCUGACAUCGUUCUCUGGCUCACCUACUUCUACAAAUCCAAUGAGCUACCAAUUAGACUGGCUUUCUUCUGGACAGCGCUCAGUACGAGUAAUAUCGUGGGCUCUCUUCUUGCUGCAGGAAUUCUUCAGAUGAGAGGCGUACUUGGAUGGGGGGGUUGGCGCUGGCUAUUCCUCCUCGAAGCAAUCGGUACUUUCAUCGUUGGUCUCUUCUCAUGGGUUCUCAUGCCUCCAGGUCCUUGCCAAACCAAAAGUUGGUUCCGCGGCAAAGAUGGCUGGUUCAAUGAACGUGAGGAGUACAUCAUGGUAAAUAGACUUCUUCGCGAUGAUCCUAGCAAGGGUGAUAUGAACAACCGAGAAGCAGUCAAUCUCCCAAAACUCUGGAAAGCAGUCAAGGACUGGGAACAGUGGCCAUUAUACUUACUCGGCCUAAUGGUCUACAUCCCUCCCUCCCCAUUCAACACCUAUCUUUCCUUCAUUCUCCGUCAAAUCGGCUUCUCCGUCUUUCAGGCCAACCUCCUCGCCAUUCCCUCCCAGUUCCUCUUCGCUAUCAACUUACUCAUCGUGACUUGGGUAUCUGGUCGAGUUAAGGAGCGAGGCAUACUGUCAUCCCUAUCCAACAUCUGGAUCUUCCCCUGGGUUCUUGCCCUUGUUGUUCUCCCAGGCGAUAUCUCCCCCUGGGUUCGUUACGCCCUGAUCACAGGUCUUCUCAGCUAUCCCUACUGCCACGCCAUUCUGGUAGGCUGGAAUGCCAAAAACAGCAAUAGUGUGCGCACAAGAGCCAUCAGUGCCGCUUUGUACAACAUGACCGUACAGAGCGGUAAUAUUGCGGCGUCUAACAUCUUCCGGGAAGACGAUCAGCCAUUGUACCGUCGAGGAAACAGAGUCAUUCUUGGUAUCACGUCUGCCAAUAUUAUUCUGUUUUACCUAGUCAAGUAUUUCUAUAUCUGGCGAAACCAAGUUCGCGACAGGACAUGGAAUGCGAUGACUAAGGAGCAGCAGCAGGAUUAUGUUCUGAACACUACCGAUGAAGGUCAACAACGUCUAGACUUCAGGUUCGUUCAUUAG